GUUUUCUUAAUUUCAAUUUUGGAGGGAAAAAAACUGUUUCUGCUUCAAACACAAAAACCCCGUUAUAUAAUUCCACUACAGAAAUCCAUUUUUUUCCCCAAUUCAUUUCUUUCAACAAUCGCAAAUCUCCGUUUCUUAAAUCGCAAAAUCUCUGUUCACGAGUGCGCAGUUUUCGUUCUCCUUGAUCGGAAACCCAGAAGAAUUGGGAAAUUCUGGAAUAAUCAGCCGUUGAAGAUCUAAAUACACAGCUCACAGGUGUUUGUGGAUUGUACAAGAUUCAGUUCAUCCAUGGAUUUGCCCUCUACAUCAUCUCAAGGGGGUGAUGAUGAAAUUGUUCGUUCGACGGGGGGUCUUAAAAAAAAUAAACUCAUUCGAGAUAUAACCGUGUUUUCCUCGCUCGGCUAUGACAGGUCAGAGAAGAGUCUAGAGAAAUCAACUGAAAUAAAUGAUGGUGAUGAUAGUAGUAACUCUGUUGACGAUACAUCCUUGCUUAUAUUGGAGCACAAAUUUUACGAACUAUUAUCUCGAGGGAAAUUCGUAGAAGCUUCGAAGACUCUCAGGCACGAGAUCGCUCCACUUGGUAUCAGCGAAGAAAUAGUUCGUAAGCUCUCUACAUUGGUUGUAUCUCCACCGCAGAAUUUAUGCGGUCAAGAAUUGGGAAUCAGGUCUCGUAAGAGAUUAUUAGAGGAUCUGCGAAAUUUGCUUCCCCCAAAAAAAUCGUUGAAGCCAAAUCAUCAACAUGGAAAAGACGAGCCUCGUUUUAAACCCAUAAAGAAAUUAAAGUGUCCCGACGAUGAAGUGUGGUUUAUGCAAUUUUCUCACAAUGGGAAGUAUUUGGCCGCCGCGGGGGGUACUGUGGUGGGUAUAUGGAAGUUUCUGGAUUCUGGUGAGUGUUUACUCCAUUGUAAAUUAGUGGGUCACACGCAACCCGUCUCGUAUAUUACAUGGAAACGCAACUAUCUUCAACUUCUGAGCUGCGGUGUAGAGGAGAGCGUAAAGCGAUGGAACAUAGCUCCCUUCGUCGAGAUAGAGUAUGUUCUUCUCCGCACAUACGGAAAACAGAAUCUAGGUACAGUCUCGUGCGUGUGGGCCCCAGACGGGAAGCAUAUAUUCACCGGUUUUAACGACGGCAGUAUUAGCAUGUGGAAUCUCCAAGGAGAAGAGGUCCUUUCUUGGCAAGGGGGGUACACCACGAGGAUUGCUGACCUGGCGAUCAGUCCUGAUGGAGAGGAGCUCAUAUCCACUUACAGAUACAAUAGGAUACUCUUGUUCAAAUGGAGAACUGAGGCCCGCAGAUACAUCGACGAGUUCGAACAUAUAAUUUCGUUCACACUGUCGAAAGACGGUAGGUUUUUGCUGGUUAGCAUGUCGUACGAACAAAUUGAUCUGUGGAACAUAAAAGACCAAGUUCCGUAUAUGGUGAUGACUUACGAGUGGCAUAUACGUAAAAGUUACGUUUUGAGGGCUUGUUUUGUUGGACGGGAUGAAGAUUUUAUUGCCAGUGGAAGCGAGGACUCUAAGGUACAGCAAAUGGCUCACUCAGUUUUGCCAAAGUCUAAUAACUACACCAGCACGAAAUUUGCUUGUUAG